UAAAAUGCUUUAUUCCCUGUUGUAUUACAUUUACGUAUAAAGUGCUUUAACUUUGAAAAUGAGCAAACUGCCCUUUUUCAGUAUCUAGUUUUGACUGGGUAUGUUCUGUAGCAAUGUCAAUGGAAUACAGAGCGGUAAAUGAAACGGACUCCACCAUCUCGAGGCAUGAUGAUUUCGAGUUGUAUUUACGCAUUUUUAGCGGGUUGUCUGGGUGCUGCUGCCUCUUUAUCGGCUAAGGUUACUCUUGGUUCAGACUACCUGGAGCAAAUUUGUGAAAUUGGGCUUAGCAACGCGUUCGAAGCGCACCAUGAUGGAACUACUGUGUGUCACUGGCUCCACAUCCCCCUGUGACUGCUGUGCCUUGGCCUGAUGUUUCUCUGCAAUGCUGUCAUGUGGACCUUUUUCUCCAAAGCUCUUCGGCAUAGCUCCUCCUCAGCACGAGCCACUGCCACCACUAGUGUGGGCAACUUUAUUGCGUCGGCCAUACUGGGGAACCUCAUUUUUGGAGAGAGUCAAGCAGUUCUGUGGUGGGUGGGCAUCACUGUGAUGCUGUGCGGGCUAUUGUUGCUUCAUGGAUCCACGCCUCAGGUGCUGUCACAUGAAGAAGGCAAAAUGGACUAG